GGCAGCCUGUUGUUUCCGUCAUUCUUCAGCAGGUGGAUAAUUCCUCACGGUUUCACUGAAGAUUUGAUAUCUAGGAAUUCAGGCACUGAGCGCAUAAGUCUAUUCAGAUGGCUUUGGUGGGUUGCCUCGUGCAUAUUUUUGCAAUGUAAGAUUCCCAUCUGGCUUCAGAGGGAGUCAGCUCCUGUACUUACACUGGAAGAGGGCAGAACUGUCAUUGGAAGCUAUCACCUGGAAGCGGAUUUGCUAUUUCACAGGGCCUGCUUGGGGCUACGUUGGGAUAAUUUGAAAAGAGUACUGGAUGUCCCAAGAUAGGCUUUGUCACAGAAGGAGAGGAAGCCAUGGUGUGCAUCCCUUGUAUUGUCAUUCCUGUUCUUCUCUGGGUCUACAAGAAAUUCCUUGAGCCCUACAUCUAUCCCGUUAUUGCUCCUUUCAUUAAGCGUGUGUGGUCCAAGAGAGCUGUGCAAGAAACAGCCACCAAGCAAGGCCAAGGAGGCAGUGUUGGAAAUCCACCUUCAGCCUCACAGAGAGAUAAGGGGGAUGAAUCUGGAACUUACAAGUUUGAAAGCAAUGGGGUUGCAAACGGAAUUGCUGCAAAGGGAUCAGCAGAAGUGUCUGACAAGAAAGCAGAUUAGAGGAAUUCAUUCCUACGGAUUUCAUUCCCCUUGUGUCCAACAUGAACUGGUGAUUGCUAUUUCUCACACUGAGACUUUGUUCUUUGCACAUUACAGCUGAAUAAAACCCCUUACCACUUA